AUGGAAAUCGAGCGGACGCUUGUUGGUGCAAUCGAUCAGGGCACUUCCAGUAGCCGAUUUCUGCUCUAUCAACUACAUCCACGUAAAAUUGUUGCCAGCCAUCAGAUCGAAAUCCGGCAACAGUUCCCGCAUCCAGGAUGGGUGGAAAUCGAUCCAGAUGAAAUAACAAGUACCGUGACAGCCUGCAUAGAUCAGGGCUGCGAAAAAGCGAAACAUGCUGGGUUUACUAUUGCUGAUAUCAAAGCGGUUGGAAUCUGCAAUCAGCGAGAAACAACAAUUUUAUGGGACUGCGAAACAGGAAAAGCUCUUUAUAAUGCAAUUGUUUGGCUGGACAGUCGUACCACCGAAACUGUCGACACCUUUAUCGAUAAAACAUGUUGCAAAUCUAAGGAACAUUUCAAAGAAGUCACCGGGCUCCCAAUACAUCCGUACUUCAGCGCUUUGAAAAUUCGAUGGCUUCUGGAUAACGUUGAAAAAGUAAAAGAUGCUAUGAAACGAGGGAAAUUAAUGUUUGGAACGGUGGAUACCUGGAUACUGUAUAAUUUAACCGGAAAGCAUGCUACCGAUGUAACUAAUGCCAGCAGAACACUACUUAUGUCGCUCAAAACGCUGGACUGGUGCCCAAAGCUGUGCAAUUUUUUUGAAAUUCCAAUGAGCAUACUGCCAAAAAUCCAUCCAUCUGCCGAGAUAUAUGCCACUAUUAGCAUAGGUACCCUCAAAGGAGUACCAAUAUCGGGCUGUUUGGGUGACCAGCAGGCGGCUAUGUUUGGUGAGCACUGCUUAAUGCCUGGCGAAACGAAAUGCACGUACGGAACAGGAACAUUUAUGCUUACCAAUACAGGAAGUAAGCUGGUCAUCAGUCGCAAUGGACUGCUAACAACGGUCGCUUACUGGCUCGGUACAAAAGCGCCAGUUUGCUAUGCGCUCGAAGGUUCGGGCUCCAUCGGUGGCAAUGCAAUUCAGUUUCUGCGCGAUAAUUUACAGAUCAUAAAAGAUGUUUCUGAAGUAGAACCAGCAGCAGCAUCAGUGCCUGAAACAGAUGGUGUUGUAUUCGUUCCCUGCUUCACGGGCCUUUAUACUCCCCAUUGGGAUUCAUCCGCUCGUGGUACCAUUUGUGGCUUGGUACAGACAACCACCCGAGCACACAUCAUCCGAGCUGCUCUUGAAGCUAUUUGCUUCCAGACAGAAGAAAUGGUCAGGUCUGCAGAAAUGGAUUUGAGCCAUGAGCAAAAAAUCAUGGAAUUAAAGGUCGAUGGCGGCAUAACAGUGAAUGGAUUAUUUAUGCAAUUGUUAGCUGAUAAUCUCGGGAUAAAUGUGAUCAAGUCGACGCAUACGGAAGCUUCUUGUUGGGGUGCUGCAAUGGCUGCUGCCAUCGGUGCUCAAAUUAUCAGGUUUGUGCAUGAAAAAUUUCAAGAUCUGAAAAAUUUUCUGGGAGUUUCUUGUGUCUUCUAA